AUGCCCUCCUCAAUAGACGCGAGUCAAUUCGACUCCAUCCCCGACGCCGUCGCCGCUUUCAAGAGAGGUGAAUUCCUUGUCGUCCUCGACGACGAGUCCCGCGAGAAUGAAGGCGACCUCAUCAUCGCCGCCGAAGACAUGACGACCGAGAAGAUGGCCUGGAUGGUCCGCUACUCCUCCGGAUACAUCUGCGUGCCCAUGUCCGCCAAGCGCGCCGACGACCUCGAGCUGCCUCGCAUGGUCACCAACCCACAAGACCCCUACGGCACGGCCUACACAAUCUCCGUCGAUGCCGAGUCACCCCUCACCACCACCGGAAUCAGCGCACACGACCGAGCCCUCUCCUGCCGCACCCUCGCCGACCCCAAAUCUACCCCUCAGAACCUGCGCCGCCCCGGCCACGUUCUCCCUCUCCGAGCCGUCGAUGGCGGCGUCCGCGCUCGCCGCGGCCACACCGAGGCUACCCUCGACCUCUGCAGACUGGCUGGCAAGGCCGAAGUCGGCGCCAUCUGCGAGAUCGUCGACGAUGGCGAGGAGGUUCCGGGACAGGCUGUCCGUCACAACUCGGGCAUGCUUCGUGCCGAGGGCUGCAUUGCCUUUGCUAGAAAAUGGGGAAUCAAGGUCUGUACCAUUGCCGACAUGGUUGAGUACCUUGAAAAGACCCAGGGCAAGCUGGCCGCCAACGGAUCUAGCUGAUGCGCGCAAAUUCAUUAUCUACUGGCGUUUGUUUCUUGUUCUUAUGGUUCGCUUGCUUUUUUGGACGACAUAUUUGUGAAAUCCCGUUUUAGAAGGAAUAUAGGUGGAGAGUCGGCUCGAAAAAGGUCAACAGGGUUCUGGACUGGCUCCUGUCUAUCACAAUCUCUCUCGACACAGUUUCUGCAUGUAUAAAUGAAAUCAUCUCAAAUAAAAAUG